AUGGCCACAGCAACCGAGACAACGACAACACCGGCCACCCCCACCACCACCACCACCACCCCUCCAAACAUCCCCCCACCCUCAGCCCUCCGCGCCGCCCUCUCCCGCGACGGCUUCGUCCACAUCCCCUCCCUCCUCCCCGCCUCCCAAAUCUCCGCCCUCCGCGCCGCCGCCACCAGCCUCACCGCCGCCGCCCGCCGCGGCGACUGGCCGCACAUCCGCACCCUGCCCAAACAGUUCCCACCAUGGCCCUCCACGCCGGGCGCCGACGGCAUCUGGGGCGUGCAGCACCUGCUGCACCCGUCCGUGAACGCGCUGCUGCACGGCGGCUGCGGGGGCGGCGCUGUUGCCAGUACCACGACAUUCGCCGAGUCGUACUUUGGCGACGCGGUGACGGGCGUGUGCAAAGCGCUGCUGCAGGUGGACGCGGAGGAUGAUGAUGGCGAUGGCGAUGGCGAUGCGGAGCUCGUCAUGGAGCUGUACAACAUGCUCGUGCGGCCGGACCGCGACUUCGAGCUGCGCUGGCACCGCGACGACAUCGGGCCCGACGUCGGGCCGGAGGAGGAGCUGGCGCGGCUGACGGCUGCCAACGGCGGCGGAGCCCCGCUGCAUGCGCAGUGGAACUUGGCGCUGUUCGAGGACCGCAGUCUGGUGGUCGUGCCGGGGAGUCAUCGGCGGGCGCGGACGGAGGCGGAGAGGGGGGCGGCGCCGUACGCGGCCGAGUUGCCCGGGAUGCAGGUCGUGGUGAUGCAGCCGGGGGAUUGCGUGUUUUAUGAUAACAACAUCUUGCAUCGGGGCGUGUAUGACAAGGAGAGGGAGCGGAUGACGCUGCAUGGGAGCGUGGGGCUGGCGAGGGGCGGCAAGGAGAGGGCGAGGAACGUGUUGCAGCAUGGGGUUGGGGAGUGGGUUGGGGAGUGCGACUUCUCCGGGCUGCCCGAUGGUAUCAGGCAGAGGGCGGAGGGGAUGAGGGAGAGGUUGGUCAAGAUGGGGAGCGAUGCGGGGGAUGUGGGUUAUUUCUCCAAGGACGAGUGA